AGCACUGAGUGGGAAGAUGGCGGCGAUUUGGUCAUGUUGUUUUCGUGCUAUGACACAAGCGUUGCAUGUGUGGCCUUAAAACUGUGUGGCUAACAUCUUCAUGACGGACAUUGAUGCUUUGUUACCAAAGGGACAAGUGGAUGGAUAAUUUGAUAACUUUGAGGAAGAGGCUAAUGAAGACUGAAAGAAGUUUACAAAGCCCAAGGACAGACUUUAGCAGUGCUCGUUUAAGUGACCAGUCUGAUGACUCUUCUCAGCAGGGUUAUUUCCCCGCUUUGACCAUGGAAGACCUCUUUCAACCUGAUCCAGUAGUUCCUGCGAUGAGCAAUCGUCAUUUGGCAACUGCUGAAAGAAUACUACCUCAAAAAAGUGUUUUCAGCAACAUAAGUCCAACCAGCAGUUUUGGAGGCAGGACAUCCCAGUUGCCAGCUACAUCUGCCAUUGAGCAGGAAAAUGAACAACUAUGGAAAAAGCUCAGUACACUUCGAGAGGACAAUGCUCGUUUGGUUUCCCAGAAUCACAGUUUAGUGCGUGAGGUUGAAAGUAUACAAGUGGAGUUGACUCAGUCAAAAGUUAAAUUUUGUCGCCUUGAACCAUCUAUUAAUGAAAAGGCACAUCAUAUUUCUCAGCUAAAUGAAGAUAUCUUGGGUUUAGAAGCAGAAGUAGCGGCCCAAGAGAAAGCACUCAGAGUUGCAGAAGAAAAAUUGGAGGAAAGUCAAUGGAUGGUAGCUGAGAAGGACAAGCUCCUGGAAAAGUUGUCUGAUGAGUGCAGAAGAGUGAAGAAUGAGCUUUAUGAGCAAAGUAGACGAGGAAAGAGAGCUGAACAACAAAGAAAUGAAGCCCUCUAUAAUGCCGAGGAACUUUCUGCAACUUUCAAACAGUACAAAGACAAGACGAAAGAAAAAAUUGCAAUGUUUCAAGCUAAUGAAGAAGAUUUGCACAGCCGUCUGGAUCACUAUGACAAGGACAGAACACAGUUAUUUGAGAAAUGUACUAUCUUAGAAAAAGAGUUGGAAAGCAAGAAUGAGGAAAUCAGAGUAGUAGUGGGACAAUCUUGCGAUGUGAAGUUGGUUCAGAAGGAUCUGGAGGCUAAAAAUACAGGAUUGUUUUCAAUAUUGUCUGACUCCAAAGAAAAGAUUAAGAUGUUAGAAAAUGAACUAGCUGAUAAAGAGGCCAUUUUGAAAGACACAGAUGCCUUGAGGGUAGAAAAUGCAGGUCUAAGAUUACUUACCACUUCCCAAAGUGAAAAAUUGCUUCAGCUCAAUAAAGAACUAGAGGUCACCAAGUUGGAGAUGAAGAACUUGGAGUCAGUUCUACAACUGCAACAGAUAGAAAAUAAAGAGAUAGAUAGUGGAGUAUCUGGUACAGGACUGACGAAUUCAAGUUCCAUGAGUGCCUUUUCUUCUACCAGGAAGGAGAAUGGGUUGAAGGAUUCCAAAUUAAAUGCUGAUUCAAAUGAUUCAUUGUUUACAGACCUCAGCAUUAAACUAGCCAUGAAAGAUGCUGAAAUUCAAAAACUGAAAUUCUUAAAGCAAGAAUGUGGUGACACUUCAGGCAGAAAUUGCGAAUUGUUGGAUAGAACCAGCCCAGAGCUAAUAUCAGACAGAAAUAAGAAAGAUGCCGGCAAGUCCCUGGACCAGCACUUAGAAGAGCGAUGUAGACAAAUAGAAGUUGAGAAGCUGCAGGCAGAAUUAUUAGAGGCAGAGGCUACAAUCUCAACGUUACAGACUCGGAUGACUGAGCAGAUAAAUAAUUUUCAGCAGAUACAAGAACAACUGUCGGAAAAAAGCAAAUGCAUUGGAAAGGUGGAAGAGGAGCUGAGGAAAACAAAAUCGCAGCUUUCCACAGUGGAGAAACAGUUGGAGGAGAAAACCAUUGCUUACACAACCAAUGCAGUAAAAGCAGUUGAACAUGAACAAGACAUUGCGGAAAGGAAUGAAGAAAUUAUCAAAUUGGAAAAAUUCAUUGAGGAGCAACAUCAGGAAAAUAUCGUUGCACGUGAACAUAUCAAGAAGAUUCAAACUGAACAGUGUCAUGAACUCGAGAAACAGAUUGAAAUUCUUGAAAGUCAACUGGAAGAGAAACAGCAACAGUUGAGAAAACAAAAGCAAACAAUAUCAACUGUUCACGAAGAGAUCUAUGCCAAGCAAAGCAAAAUUGAAUCAUUGGAAUUCUUACUAGAGGAAGCCAGACAGGAGACAAAGAAACAAAAGGAAAGAAGUGAUACUGCAUUAAAAGCCUUACAAAAUCAAACAGAAGAAGAAACUUCCAAAGUUAAAGAGUUGGAAACUGCAUUGGUGAUUUGCAAGGAAGAGCUGAAAGUGCAGUUGCAGCAAGUUGAAGAUAACAGGGAACAGCAAGAAAAACAGCUAAGAAAGAAGUCUGAAGAGAGCCAAUUAUCCUCUCUCAAGUCCAAAAAAAAAUUGACAGUGACAGAAAAUAACACAAGGGAUUGGUUGGAAAAGAGGAAUGGGGUACAUUGCCUGCAGAAAGAGGUAAAGCUAUCUACAAUCAAUCUGAAGGAAACAAAUGAGCAGAAUAUGCAACUCCAACAGACCUUGGCACAGUAUCAACAAAUGCUGCAGCAGGGGACAGCUAGAAUUGGAGAGCUGGAAGACCAUCAGGCACUGAUAGAGAGACAGGUUUCUCAAUUGGAGCAAGAAUUGUUUAAACAAAAGAUGGCGUUUACAGAUGAGCUCUCAAAAGCAGAAGACAAACUUUUGAAGGCUUACCAUGGCCAGGAUUCCAAGCACCAGCAGGUGGUUGAACUUGCCAGUGCUUUGAAAGAAAUAAAGACUGAGAUGGAUAAGUGCAAAGGUGAAACUACUGCACUGGAAAAAGAACUUCUUCAACAAAGACGCGAUAGUGCAAGCAAGGAUAUUCAGCUUAGCCAGCUGGAAACGACUCUGCGUACUACGCAGGUAGAAUUGAACAAGAAGUCUGACGAAGUGCUUGAUCUGGAGGAAAAUCUGCACCGGAUUGAGACAGACCGAAGCAGUGCUGUGCAGGAAACUCAAAAGAUGGAAACACAGUUGCAGAAUGCACGUGGUGAAUUACAAGAUGCUUUAAAUCAACUUAAGGAGCUACGAGAAAUACUUCAAAAGGCUCAGAACAGCUUGGAAGAAAAAAAUGACACUAUUGAAGAACUCGCAAAUGAACUUCGGCAAUAUAAAAGUGAAUUACAAGAGAGAAAUGUGAAAAUCAUUGAUAUGGACCAAGCACUCAAAGAUAGGCAAUGGGAGCUCCAACAGAGGGCAGCUCAGCUUACACAAUUGGAUAUGAACGUACAUGAGCACAAAACUGAGAUGGAGCAGAAAGUUAUCUGUUUACAAAGUUCUUUGGAGAAAUCUGAGUUGAACAUUAAGGAGCGCACUAAACAGGUGGAAACUUUGGAUGAAAAACUACAGCUCAUACAAGAAGAGUUAUGUGAAAAAGACUUUAAGCUGCUACAAAGAGAACAACAAAUAAAUCAGAUGAGAAGUGAAGUUGAAGGAAAGGAUAUACAGAUCAAGGAAUACGAGCAGAUGCUGAAAAAUAAGGAUCAGUGUAUUGUAAAGCAACAUAAGGAGGCAUUGGAUGAAAGUCAACAAGUACGCUUAGCUCGUGAACAAAUGCAGCACUCUUAUCUGGAAUUGAGAGAGACUCAGCAACGGUUAACACAGGCACAAAGAGAGGUAGACCGUCUCUCUAUUGAACUGGAUGAAACUGUUCAACUAUCUCAAGAAAAGGAAGCUUGUGUUGCUCACCUUGCAGAAGAAUUGGGUGCUGCUCAAGCUCGAGAAACCAAAUUAGAAAUCAGGACGCAGGCAGAGACAAAGAAGUUAAAAGAAUUGGUUAAACACUUGAAGAAUGCUCAUCAGAAAGAAAUCGCUAUGCUUAAAGAAAGCAGUGCACAGUCAUUGCCACCUAUUGCGGAGAUCCCUACUACCCAAAAAUCAAGUGACCAGUUGCUACAGUUAACGCAGGAUCUAGAAAAUGCUCAGGAGCAUAUCCUUCAUCUUGAGUCAGAACUUAAGACUCAAAGGGAGAUGAUAAGUGCUGCAGAAGAAGGCCUAAUAAUUAAGGAAUCUGAAAUAGCAAGACUACAAGUCAAAAUUUCUGGAUUUGAAAGAGCUAUGGGUAAACAGCAACUCCCUUCUCAAAAUGAAUCCAAUAAUAGAAAAGACUGCACACCGCAACUCAAGAGUUUUUACCCUUUGGCCAGAAGCAUGAAUAGACCUAUUAGUGCUAAUGAUAUGUAUGGCACUGACAUUGGUUCAGCGUUACAUUCCCUGAAUUAUUCUAACAGGAUUCGUGAAAUACUCGAGCAGUCUUUCAUUGUCCAGAAUAUCGGCGUAGUAGAAACUGAAGAUGCUUCCUGUGCAGGGAAACCAGAGAGUGCUGCUUUAUUCAGUCCAUCUCCAAAAGCAGAAGGUGAAGAAGAUUUGGAGCUCGCUAAUCUGACUAGUAAUAGUAACAUGGAAACUUUAAGUGGAAUGUUAAAUCAUCUAAUUGCCAUGGAACAAAGUAAUACUAAGCUGGGAUCCCCACUUGACCAGUCACCAGGCUUGUCUAAUGAACAGAUUAAAUCAAAAAUGGAUGAAUGUUCAACUGGAAUGCACAGAAUUUCAAAUCAGGACAGUGCCCACUGUAAUCUUACAGAUGCUGAUUUAAAUGUGCAAAGUCAUGCUUCUGUGCCAUUGAAAUAACUAUAAAAAGUUAUUUGCUUCAUCUUCAGCAGUGCUGAACUUACUGAACAAGAGCAGUCAUGUGAAUAACAUCAGCUAAAAGAUGAAGAUAGAGUUUGGGACCAGUGAUCAGUAAGCUCACUACCUAGUAGUACUAGUAUAAAGUGUACAGUUAUGAUUGUAAAGCAGUGACAUGGCCUUUAUUCCAAAAGAAGCUUUGAAAAUAAAGAUUGCCUAAUUUCAUACUGUCAUGCUGGAAUUUAUUGUGCAAGUGGGUGUUGAAAAAUUCAUUUUUUUUAUUGUUAAUAAACAUUUUGUCUAGAGAAAUAAAACAAAUGUAUUUUAUUGAAAUAUUUAAUUUUUUCUAUGUAAAAUAAAUGCUCCUUUAUGUACUGCUAUGUUUAUUUUCAUCUUUUAAAAAAAAUGUAUAUUCAAGUC